CUCUUCUUUCAACACACCUAGAGUUACCUCCUCAAAAAUGGCAUCUAAUUUUAUUAGCCUUUUCUUCACCUCUUUACUUGUUCUUCUCUUCCACAUCUCCCCUUCCACAUCUCUCACAUGUUCCUCUCAAACUUUCUCAUCCAACACUCGUUUCACCAAUUGCACUGAUCUACCUUCUCUCAAAUCUUUCCUUCAUUGGACAUUUGAUCCAGCCAAAUCGACUCUCUCUGUCGCUUUCCUCGCAUCUCCAGCUUCCCCUGAUGGCUGGGUUGCUUGGGGAAUUAACCCGGUUGCACCAGCUAUGAUUGGAACACAAUCAUUUAUUGCUUUCAAAGAUUCCAAAGGGGUUAUGACUGUUAAGACUUACAAUCUUACAUCUUACAAAUCAAUUACAGAGUCUAAGCUUAUGUACAAUGUUUUGGAUUCAAAAGCAGAGUUAGCUGAUGGGGUGAUGAAAAUCUUUGCUACGCUACAGUUGCCGGCGAAUACGAAGACGGUGAAUCAGGUAUGGCAAGUGGGAUCGGCGGUGACUGAUGGAAUGCCCCGGAUACAUAAGUUUGAACCUGAUAAUUUGAAAUCUAAAGGGAUUUUAGAUUUGGCUACUUCGGGUGCUGCUGCUGGUGAUGGGGGUAAGAAAACAAAUGCUACUUCUUCUUCUGCUAGUAGUGGACAAAGUGGAAAUGAAACUGGAGGAUCUUCAAGGAUUUUUAACACUGAAACUACUUUUUUUGCCUUUUUGUUAUUGUUUGGAGUUGCGCUUUUGCAGCUUUAAUUUAGAUGUCGUUCAAGUUUUUGCCCUUUUUUCUUCCUCGAUCUUCAGUUUCGUCGAUGUAAUAACGACUGUUUAAUUAGUGGUAGUCCAAAUUUAUGUUUGAUUAUAUACAUUUUGUAAUAAUGUUCUUCUUUAUCUAAUGUGUUCAGAAA